AUGGAAUUGUGUGAAGAAUGGGCUUUAGCAGAGUGCGAAGGCGAAGGAUGGUGGCGCGAGGCAAGAGAGACGAGCGGGCGAGGCGAAGAUGUACGGUACGCGGGCGUGGCGCCCGUCGAGCGCGCCGCCUCCGCACCCGCCACUGCACUCGCUGUGCGAGCUGCGCUGAACUCUGCUAAGACUUUAAAUAAGAAACUGCAGAAGGUCAACCUUGAUAUUAGUCCUAAAGGAAUAAUAGUCAGUGAUGCAGACUCUCAGGAAAAUGUUCUCAGCGUCUCAAUAUACAGAAUUUCAUAUUGUUCAGCGGAUGCGGCUAAUGCGCGAGUAUUCGCUGUGGUCGAAGGCAAGAGCGGUAGCGGUUCGAGCGAAUCACAUGUAGUACAUGUGUUUGUAUGUGCGAGGCGGAAACAAGCGAGGGCGCUUGCUCUAUCGCUCGCACACGCUUUCAAUGAUGCUUAUCAGGAAUGGCAGGCAAACCAGGGCAGCUCUUUACAAUCCACCGGGAAAGGUACACCCUGGGUUCGUUUCCCGGAUGAGUCCGAUGAAGAGACGGAUAGCGAGCACUGUCAGUCGCCCGCUCCUCUCGUCACUUUCGCCUGA